AUGAACGCCAUUUAUGAAUUGGAUUCCAAAUGGAAAAAGCUGUUGACUUCCGACAAUUUUUUGUGCGGAUUAACGGUGAAUGAAUUCGUAACGGAAUUGAGUAAAGAUCAAGCAGCAAAACAAAAUAUAUCAACGACGCAAGAGUCUUUAGAGAUUUCAUCCAGGCACUUAGAUGCAAAGCCUUUUAUUAGAACCUUCGAGUCUGUUUUAAAGGAACUUAAGAAAUUACAGAAAGAAACUAUCUCUAAGAAUGAUCAACUCACACAUCAGGUUUCGACGAUGGAAGUGCAACAUGCCAAAAGCAUAUUGAAGUCGCGUGAUGACAUGAAGGGCAUUGUUCAUAAAUAUGAUCAGUUAGAUAGAAAGCUUUCUUCUGUCACACAAGUCGUGUCUCCGUUAGGAAAUAAGUUGGAAAAGUCAAUAAAAAAGAGGAAUGCCUAUAUCAAAUCGGUUGAGCUAAUAAGUUAUUAUGCGUCUUAUUUGGAGAACGGGGAGUGUCAGGAACUGAAUAAUUUACUUACAUCUACUGAUACUAAGAAGUGUGCUCAAGGAGCUCUCAUUCUCAAAUCUUUGCUUAUACUUACAAGAAGAUUAGAUACGAAAUCUGUACCAAAGACCCUAGAAGUAACGCAAAAGAUAGAGCAGAUUGCCUCUGAGUUCGAAGAAAGUAUCCUUCACGGAUUUAAUGAAGCUUAUAGAGAAAAUGACUUCGCGCGAUUACAUCAACUAGCAUGGAUUUUAGACGUCUUUAACAAUGGGAUUAAUAUUAUUAAGAACUUCACUGAUAAACACGCGUUCUUUGAAGAAUCUUCGGGUUUUACAGCAAAAGAAUCUGCUUUAUUCACUGAUAACAAUUUUAAGGCUCGAUUGAUGGAUCCCGACUCGCACGUUCUAAAAUACGAUGACAAAGUAGUCAAUUACAUCAAUAGCGUUUUUGAGGUAAUAAAAGAUGAAUCUGAAGUUGUAGCAAAAGUGUUUGGAAACAAGGCCUCCAAUGUGAUGUGUUUGUUUAUUCAAAAAGUGUUUCAAGAGAAGUUUCAGCCUCUUGUUCAAUUUAUCUUAAACUCUUCUUUAUCUCUUUCACCCUUGGCUUAUUUACGUUCGCUACACACUUAUUUUUCUAUUAUUAAUACUUGUGUGAAACAACAAUCAGAAAACUUAAUGGCUGUUAAUAUGGAGGGCUAUGAUAAAGUUUCGGCAUGUUUGGAGAAAUGUUUUAAGAAUAUGUUUAACGAUGUUCUGUUUGACAGAUCAAAAUAUUUCGAAGUAGAAAAGAGGAAUCUCGAAGUGGUGUUAAUUCAAAAGGCCUCUGAAUUCAACGUUUUAUUCAACGCAGAGAUACGACAAAGAGCUCUUUCUAAUAAGUUAAAUGAAGUGAGUGACUUUAUGACAUCUCCAGAACUGAAAAUUUUGACAUCGCGCUCCUCAAGUAGGUUCUCUCAAUUAAAUCUUUUCAUUAAGAACAAAUUUGAGAAAAGGCCUGAGCAUGACAAUACUCUUCGGACUAGUACAAGUCUAAAGAAGAAGAACAAUAACUAUUUCACGUUAUCAUAUAUUGACCUAAUGUUGAAGUGCUCCGUAGAGUCAUUGGCUAGAGUUACUGAUCUUGUUCCAACUAUUGCGAGUGAGUUCAGCUAUGAACUAGUUGAAAUAUCAUUAGUUGGUUUGAUCGAUUCGUAUAUUGAAUCUGCACUGGAAGUUGCAUAUUCUCAGUUGAUUUCCCAUGAAGUCUAUCGUGAAAUAAAUAUUGACCUAUCUUUCCUAAAGUAUAUUUCUACGGCCACUGAGAUGAUCAGCAUUGUAUCAGCAUAUAUCAAAAGUAUUGUCCUCCCCUUACUUCAAAGUUCACCUGCAAUGAAGCAAAAAGUGGUGACUUUGUCAAACGCAUAUUUCAGGAAAUGUGAACUAUUAAUGAAUCUAUUGAUCGUUGAAACAGCAGGGAUGCUCAACCAAAAGUUCACGCAAGUAUUGGGAAAACAGAAAAGAAAAGAUUUCCUUUCCAAGUCACAGGAUUUCUUGGAUCAAGAUACAGAGACAACAACUGAACUAGUAACGGUACUCAGUAACAUAUAUUCACAAUCUUCGCUGUACCUAAAAAAUGGAAAUCUGCAUUCGUUUUUGGCCAAAACUGGUGACAAUUUAUUUUAUCAACUUCUUAACCAUUACAAAAAGUUUCAAGUUAGUUCAACAGGAGGCGUUAUUGUUACUAAAGAUAUAAUUGCGUAUCAAACAGUGGUAGAGGAAUGGGGUAUUGAUGAUCUUAACGAAAAGUUUGCUACGCUAAGAGAAUUAUCUAAUUUAUUCACCGUCCAACCAGAAUUAUUAACAUCCUUAACUAAAGAGGGUAGACUUGCGAAUGUUGAUCGUUCGAUUAUCGAUGAGUACAUUUCUAAGAGAGAGGAUUAUAACCAAGAUAGCUUUAUCAACAAAUUCAAAGCCUCUUUACGUAAUUAA